AUGGCCAGGAAAAGAGUCAAGAAGAGAACCCACGUCGGUGCCAAGAACCCCGUGUCUUCGGCCGCCCUUAACGGCCAUGCCGACCGCAAAGAUCCCAAGAGCAUGGUCAUUCGCAUUGGCGCCGGCGAGGUAGGAACCAGCAUCAGUCAAUUGGCUACCGAUGUCAGGAGAGUCAUGGAGCCCGGUACCGCGACAAGGUUGAAGGAGAGAAAGGCCAACAGACUUCGCGACUACGUUACCAUGUGCGGUCCUCUGGGCGUUACCCAUCUUAUGCUCUUCUCCAGAUCCGAAUCUGGAAACACCAACCUCAGACUUGCUAUUGCUCCCCGGGGCCCUACAUUCAACUUCAGAGUCGACAAGUACUCUCUCGCAAAAGAUGUGCGGAGGGCGCAAAGGCAUCCCAAGGGUGGCGGCAAGGAGUAUCUCACUCCCCCAUUGUUGGUCAUGAACAACUUCACAGAUUCUAAUGCCGACGCCAACUCCAAGGUCCCCAAGCACCUCGAGUCCAUCACAACGACCGCCUUCCAGUCCCUCUUCCCUCCCAUCAACCCCCAGAAGACCCCUCUCAAGUCGAUUCGCAGAGUAUUACUUCUCAACCGUGAGAAGUCGCCCGAGAACGACGGCUCCUUCAUCAUCAACUUCCGUCACUACGCCAUCACAACAAAGGCCGUCGGCAUGUCCAAGCCCCUUAGGCGGUUGAACGCCGCCGAGAAGCUCAUCAAGUCCAAGAGCAGGAAAGGCGGUCUUCCCAACCUCGGCAAGCUCCGCGACAUUUCAGAGUUCAUGAUCGGUGGAGAGGAUGGCUCAGGCUACAUGACAGACGGCACAAGCGGCAGUGAAUACGACACCGACGCCGAGAUCGAGAUCCUGGACCAAGGCCCGAAGAAGGUCAAGAGCGCCAAGGCCCGCGCUGCCAUUGCGGCGGUAGAGGCUGCUGAGGAUGAGGAGGAGGGCCACAACGACAACGUUGAGCGCAGGGCAGUAAAGCUGGUAGAGCUCGGACCUCGCAUGCGGCUACGCAUGACCAAGGUCGAGGAGGGCAUCUGCUCAGGAAAGGUGUUGUGGCACGAGUAUGUGCACAAGACCCAGGAGGAGAUCAAGGAGCUGGAGAAGAAGUGGGAGCAGAAGAGGAGAGAGAAGGAGGCGCGCAGGAAGCAGCAGAAGGCGAACGUGGAGAAGAAGAAGGCCGAGAAGGCUGCUCACAGGAAGGCGACCGGCGGAAAGGGCAAGGACAGCGACGACGAGGACGAGGAUAUGGACAUGGAAGACUACCCGUAUGACAGCGACAUGUACGACAGCGAGGGACUGGCUGGUGAUGCUGAGGAGCAGGUCAAUGCCAGGAUGGAGCAGGACGGCGAGUGGUCGGACGAGGAGGAGGAUAUUGCCAAGGAGGAGCAGGCGAAAGGAAAGAAGAAGCCGGCUUUGAGAUGA